AUGGACCAAGGAGGAUAUUAUAACUCUCAAUCUUAUGGGGGCUAUGGAGACUACAUGUCUCAACAAGGAUACUACAAUGUCCCAUCCAUUAGUCCUUGUACAACUCAAGCCCCACCUCCAAAUAGCUAUCAUGAUGCUCAAUUUCAAAAUCCUUACCCACCACAAUCCUACCAAGACUCACCUUAUCAUUCCCAACCUCCAUAUCAUAAUCCAUAUCCUCAACAAUACCAAGAUCCCCAAUAUGCUUUUUAUGAUCAAUACCCUCAAUGUUCACAAGACUACAAUCCACCUCAACAUCCUUUCCCACCACAAGAUUACUCUCCAAAUCCAUACCCUUCACCCAUUCAUUACACACCAUACCCCCAAGACACUCAACCCUCAUAUGAUCAUCACAUCCAUUCACCAAGUGUUGGGAAGUUUGGAGUAGAUGAGGAGACUUUAGCAUUGGUUAGGCGUUGGGGAGUCACUAUUGUACGCGAUGAUGACAUUGAGGAUGAGGGUUAUCCAAUGCGACCAAGUGAGGAUGAAUAUGCCAAUAAUCAAUGGGAACCUCAAGAACCACUCUAUCAAGAACCUCAACAAGAAUGUCAACCAUUUGAUCAAGAUCCGGAGAUGAAGUUUAUGAUGUCCAACAUGCUUAAGCAAAUGAAUGAGCAACAAGUUCUACUAGACAACAUGAUGGCUCAAAUACAAGGUUUGACAACUCAAGAACCCGUUCAAGAAUUGUUUUCCAAAGGAGAGGUUUUACAAGAGUUGUUCUUGCCAAAUGAAGGUCAUGUGGUUGAAGAGAAAGAGAAGAUAUGCGAGGACCUUGAAGAUGAAGACGAUGAGGUUUAUGAUGAGUGCAUUGAUAUGGAAACACCAAGUUGGGGAGAAAUUGUACACUUGCAAGGGAAUGGUGAUAAAGAACAACUAGAAGAUGGUCCAAUUGAAGAAGUGCAAGAAAAUGAUGGUGUUGAGGAAAAAACAAAAGAUGAGAGUGUUGAGGAAGAAGAGGAAGAGAAUAUGGAAGUUGGUGACAAGGAUCACAUUGAAAAUUGUCCAUUUGAAGAAAAAUGUAGUUGGGAGAAUGCAAGGUUUAAAUGA